GUUUCAUCCCCCCCCUCCGUUUCUUUCUCGCGCCAACCCCUCUCUCGAUCUCGGCCUCCACCCAACCCUGGCCUUCUUUCAUAUUUCUUGGUUCCUUUUCUUCGUCUUUUUUUCCGUUUCUUCUUUCUCCACGCUCCGCUCCUCGUCUUUUCUUUUUUUCCUUCUCCUCCACUCCCCACUCUUCAAUCCACUCCCCACUCUCUUUCUCACACCUUUGCAUUUCUCUCUCCCCACUCUUCAAUCCCUACUCCUUCUGUACAUAUCACUGUUCAUCUCUUCUGUUGCUCUUGCCUGUCUGCACACUCCCCGCUUCUCUCCCCACUCUCUCUCUCUCUCUCUCUCUCUUUUUCUCCUUCACUACCAUGCCUCCCCAUAACAACCUCAAUCGCCCAUCCAUGAUCUCGUUGCUCGCAACCAGCCCUCUUCCGAACCUCAACAAGUCCGCAGAAAACUCUCCAGCGGCUUCGCCUGUGCUCUCGCCCAUCCAAUGCCCCAUUGAAGUGGCCCCGAUCGUCUCUGUCAUGGACAAGGGUCAGGCCGAGCUCCCCUCGCUGCCCAUCCCCCCUCUGGACCAGACCCUCGAUCGAUACCUCGACUCUGUCCGUCCCCUCGUUACCGAUCAGGAGUACGAGCAGACCGUCGCCGCAGUCAAGGCAUUCAAGGGCGAUGCCCAGGAGCAGGGCUCAGCUCAAGGAAGGGAUCUGGAUCGUCGUCUGAGGGAACAUGCCAAGGCAUGUGAAGCACGCGGCACCAGCUGGCUGGCGGAGUGGUGGGACGACUGGGCGUAUUUCUCGCACAGGGAUUCUUCCACGUUUUUUGUCAAUUACUACUUUGGUUUCCAGGACGAUCCCCGCAUGCCGACGCAGACUGCGCGAGCUGCACUAUUGGUCAGUCUUGCCCUCGAGUUCCGCCAGCUCAUUGCAACGUAAGUCACAUAUUGUUAUCGCAAUGUGAUGGACAAACCAAGAAUGGCGGGAGUGCACUAUGGAGAUUUAAAGAUGGGACAUGGACGUCCAC